CAUUAGCAAUUAAAGAGAAAAUAAAAAAUAAAAAAUAAAAAACAGCCUAUGAUGACUUCAGAAGGGCAUGGCUUUUUAACAAGACAUGAACAGAAGUUAAGCAGCUCUUGUCUCCAAGUGUAAAGCUUUCUCAUUGUGAGAGACAAAGAGAGAGUGUUUUACUCUCCCUCCUCACUGUGCUAAUGCCUUUUCUUCUUCUCUCUUUCCCUUUCCCAACAUCAUCUUAAGAAGAAGAAGACCAUAUCUCAGUGAGAUUUUGAGCUUAAGAGAAUGAUGAUUAUGAUUGCAUCUAAGGACAGCUUAUUGGGUUUAUUCUCUUUGGCUUCACUACUCUGAGAUCUAGUGGGCAAUGAGACUGGAGAUGGAGUUAGACUAUGAAAAGAACUGUUCAGUGGGUUUGAGUCCUAAUACUGUUCUUCCAACUCAUCAAAAUUGUUCAUAUAAUGGGAAUGGAGUCACAAAAGGAAGAAUUUCACGUAAAGAUGAGUUAUUGAUUCUAAAGGAUGAUUUCAGAGAGAUCAACUUUAGUCGUUAUCGCAGUGUUUCGUGUAAAAGCAAUGCAUCUCGACCUGUUACAAAAGAAUGUAGUGUAGAGUUUAAGCGAGGUUCGAUAUAUCAAAGCUCAAAAGAGGUGAGGAAAAUGAAGAAAAUGGGAACUAUGGAGGGGAGGAAAAAAAUUGAAGUGUCAAGAAAUAGUGACCUUUCUUUGUCUGUUGUUGAUUCGUUGUGUAGCUCAGAUGAAGAAACCUCAAAAAGAAGAUCUCCAGCAAUGGCUUUUGGUUCAAGUUCUGUUAUGACAUCUGUUUCCAAGCCUUAUGUGGAACCACAUAAGUCGAAUAGCUUUUUCGAAAUCUGUUUGGAUCCUGGUAGUAGGGGGAACAAUUCUGCUGAGUGUGUAGGUGCAGCAGCCUCUGUGGAUUCAAAAAUGAGAAGUGAGCCUGUUAUUGGUCCUCUGAGUAGUAGUAAUGAGCUUCCAGAAAGAGAUGCAUUUAGGACACUGCACAAAUCAGUUUCUGCCAAGGUAGAGUUGCCACCUUCCCCUUCUCAAUCUGAAAGUGAUUGCUCCUCGAAGACCAGCUCAAAGGUUCGGUUCAGUCCCAUUAGAAAGAUGUUUGAUCCAUUCAUGAAGUCAAAGUCUUUGCGAAGUCCUUUAAGCUAUGUUGUGGAACCAGGAGAGGUCAGAACAAAUGGAUUGACAAACAUGAGAACAAACAAGACAAAUCGAAAAUCUCAUGUGCAGAACUUUUCUGAUAGAGCACAGGAUUUAGAUUGUGAAUCUCAGAUCAAGAGCAAAAAUCAGUCUUUCAUUUCAUGUUCACCUGUUCACUUACAUGCCUAUCUUAAGCUGGAAAAUAAACAUGGUUUACCGGUUUUUGAGUUUUCACUAAAAUCUCCAGAAGAUGUCCUUGUAGCUAAGACAUGGAAAGCAAAGGAUGCAUUUAACUGGGUGUAUACAUUCCACUCCAGUGACGGCGGUAAGAAGAGUAAUGCCAGUAGAUUGGGUUUGCUUGACAAUGACAAAGAUUCCUCAAUGGUUGGACAGAUGCAAGUUUCCUGUUAUCUAUGUUCAGAACUAAAAGAGGGUGUUUUUGACAAUUCCAUGGUGACAGAGUUUGUGUUGUAUGACAUUGCUCAUGCAAGACUAAGUGGUACUGCCACGAAAUGUACCCUUGAUAGUGACAAAGUUUCCAGAGGUUCAGAUGAAGGCUUGGUUGGGGAGACAUUAGAGUUGGAAAAUAAGACUCGUGGAGAUGAGGUCAAGGUUCAACAAAAACAUGUUUCUGAUGAUGAAUUUAAUCAUUCAAAUUCAUGCCCUUGGAAAUCUGCAAGUUUGCACCCGAGUCUUGAAAUCGCAGCUAUUGUCAUGCAUGCUCCAUUUGAGAAGAGAGAGAGCUUAAAAUACAAGAGAGGUGAUAAGAAUAAUGAGAGAACACAUAAGAACUUACUUAAUCUCUCUAUGGCUGAACAAAGGAAGCAAGAUUUUUCUGAUGGGAGGACUCCAGAUAAGGUGAAGGUGGUCAUUCCAGCAGGAAAUCAUGGCUUGCCAAGCACUGAAAGCGGGAGCCCAUCAUCGUUACUAAAUCGUUGGAGGUUGGGUGGAGGGUGUGAUUGUGGUGGAUGGGACAUGGCCUGUCCUCUUACUGUUUUGGGCAAUCCACAUUUCCAUUGUGCCAAUAACAGUCAAUCACUUGUGGAGAAUCAGAUGCCUAUGGAGUUAUAUGUUCAGGGAGUGAAAGAUAGUAGACCAGCAUUGACCAUGACAGUCAUUGAGGAAGGACUGUAUGCAGUUGGUUUUCAUGCCCAGUUAUCUAGUUUACAAGCAUUCUCCAUUUGUGUUUCCAUUCUUCAUGGGACAGAAACCUCGGUGGACACCACACAGGAUAGAAACAAAGAGUUAUCACGGGGAACUUCGCUGAAACUACUCAUUGAAGAGGAAGUGAAGUUCUUGAUCGAAGCAGUCACAGCGGAGAAGAGGAAUGUCACUAAGAGGGUAAAAGAAAUCCCACCAUCUUAUGUGCUCAAUCCACCAUUUUCUCCGAUUUCAAGAGUGUGAGCUUCAUCUCGCACACUCUAGUUAGAAGCCCUUGUAGAAAACAUUCCACAGAAUCUGAUACUGAAUAUAGAGAUCAACCCAAUUUUGAAGAAAAUGUAAAGAAUGGCAUUUGAGUUUUGGAUAAUGUGAAGCUUAUCUGCUAGUCAUUUGGAGGUUGGAAAUUUUGUGGAUCAUGAACUCAGCUACAUGCUCAGCCUUGGCAACAAUGGAGUAUUCAUCUUAUAGUAAUAGCAUAUUUUGGAAUACUAAGAAGUGGUAGAAUCACUUCAUUGUAUUAAUUUUUUAUUAUUAUUACUUUUAACAUCUAUAACGGGAAGGUAAAACCAAUAAAAACGAUUGUUCAUAUUGUAAACUUUUCUUUUUUUUAAUAGGGAGGGAAGAGAAAAGAAGUAAUACCAUAUUGAGAAAUAGCACUUCCUAGA